CCUCCAGCAAGGGCGAGUGAACGCAAACUGAUCGAAGAGAAAGAAGGACAAACACGUUGUGAAAGUACUUUGAGAAGGAAAAGGAAACGGCGAUCUUCAAUCGCGGGCUUCUUGAUUAUUGAAAAGGAGAGCAAGAGGUUGAUUUGUGCCAAAAUUAGUACUUUCAAGUGUUUUUAUCGGACGCUAGGUCUUUAUUGCAUGAUUGCUUCUAACUGUGGCAGAAUUUUUGUGACCUCAACCUGAUGAAUUUGCUUGUGUGAACUGACAGGUCUUGCAGUUAUUUGCGAUGAGUAAAUGGAAAGAGCUGUUGUGAGAACGUUGUAGAUGCCUCAGUUCAGCACGAAUCACCAAGUUGCUGUUUUAUGAAGCUAAUAAUUAAAGGAGGCUCUUGUUUUUAUGGAUUCGUUUCCUCACUAACAUAUGUAAACGCUGAAAUGUGUAUCUCCACCAAGACAACAUCAUGGAUGAGUGAAAUGAACUGAAAGCAAGGAACCUGUUAGCAUUUGCCACCGGCUUAUUUCACCCAAAACAUCAAACUGAUGUCGAAAUCGUUCGUCUAUAGCAAAGAAGUUUAGUUUUAUAUCAACAGAAAUCACUCGAACGCUCAAAGGCUUGCCUAGUUCUCAUCUUGUUUAGCAUUCGUGAGAUGAAUGGCAUCUUGAUCCGAGCUCGGGUUAAAAUAUUACUGUUUUCUCACGUAGGACGCUAUUUUGCUUACAAAGAAAUAACAUUAUGUUUUGCUUGAAGAACGAUAUAUUCUCUCAGUUGUUUAGCAGCGAUGAUGCUUGUAUUUGAUAGCUUUCGAGUUAACAAUCGCACCCUGGCAGUAUCGAAAGCAACCAGUGCCAAGGCAUAAACCUGCAAUAUGGCGAUUCACAUAUUACCUAACCUACCCGAAGUUCCACGACAUGAUCAGAUGUUGCACCAACAUGGAUCGAGCAGCAAUUACCAAGAAUCGUGUACAAUUGGCAGUGAUGCACCGAUUGUUUUUAGCAGGCAUCCUGAGGCAGACCUGGGUAUCAGCCAGAACCACACAAACAUGGGAAUUCGACAACAACAGAAGAGGCGCAGAGCCGAGAACGAUGGCAGAACGAAUCGUCGAAGAGUUAGAGAAACGAUAGUAAUUCCAGAUGAUACACCCGAGAAUCAGAAAUUUGUUGCUAAAAAUUGUUCUAAUGAGCAGGUUGCUGACAAUGAUUCUGCUUAUGACUACAAAAUCACGGCACAUGAAAUACUUCGUUCUUACACUGGUGAAUAUGAAGUCUUGGAGUUUCUUGGUCGUGGGACCUUUGGACAAGUUGUGAAGUGCUGGAAACGACACACGAAUGAGUUGGUUGCUGUGAAAAUAUCGAAAGAUCACCCAUCAUACAAGAAACAGGCUGAGAUCGAAGUAAAUAUUCUAAGCUUGUUGAUGCACGAAGAUUCAGAAGAACAUAACUUCGUUCGUGCUGUAGAGUGCUUUACACAUAGAAAUCACACGUGUGUUGUUUUUGAAAUGUUACAACAAAAUCUCUAUGACUUUCUCCGAAGCACAAAAUUCCGACCAUUGCCUUUAAAAUACGUACGACCUAUACUCCACCAAGUUUGCACAACAUUACUCAAAUUGAAAAGCAUGGCCCUCAUACAUUCUGACCUGAAGCCUGAAAAUAUUAUGCUUGUUGACCACGAUAGACAGCCAUACCGUGUGAAAGUUGUAGAUUUUGGGAGUGCAACACAUACUUCCAAAGCGGUAGCUUCAAGUUACCUACAGAGCAGAUACUACAGAGCACCAGAAAUCAUUCUUGGAUUACCCUUCAAUGAAGCAAUUGAUAUGUGGUCACUGGGUUGUGUGGCCGCAGAAUUGUUCUUGGGAUGGCCGCUGUACCCUGGCCCAAGCGAAUACGACCAGAUUCGAUACAUCAUACAGACUGAAGGACAUCCAGACCAGAGGCUACUGCACUCAGCCUCGCCUACAAAAAGAGGUAGAUACUUUCGCAGGCUAAUCAACACAAAUGGGCAACACGAGUGGAUGCUUAAGUCUCAAGAUGAAUAUGAGCGAGAGUCUGCUAAAACUAGAAAGGAGGAAGGAAAAAGAUACGUGUUCAAUCAUUUAGAAGAAAUAGCUUUGGUGAAUUUUCCUAGCACAUUGAGUGGUCAUGAGCAGAUGGCAGAAAGGAUAGACAGGGCUGUAUUUGUCGACUUGUUGAAAAAGAUGUUGGAUUUAGAUCCAGGCAGACGUAUAAAGCCAGCCGAAAUGCUGAGGCACCCUUUCUUCACCUUUACGCAUAUGUCACAAUUUCUCUAUUGUAGAAACGUCCAGGCCUCAGUCCACGCAAUGGAUAUGAUCGCCUAUUACAAAUCACAAACAUUGGCGCAAAGAAAAGCUGGCGCAGUCGCCAUACCAACUUUGUCAGCAGCAGAGCGCCAUGGAACUGAAAUUCUCUUCCCUCCUUCUCAUCAACACCUAAUCCAGCCUCAUCUCCUUUCCGGGUCCCAUCUCAAUACCGGCUUUGCGUCGGCUUCAAAAGACGGCCUAUUCAGAAGUACCCACCAGCCGCCACCUCCGUCAACAAUCCCACUCCCCCCUGUUUCAUGGAGAUCAGUACCUGAAGACGUGGGCUACAUGUCUGCAGAGCCGAGUCCUAACCAGCAUUUAAGUCACAGUCCACAGAGACUAGGACAUGCUUGGGGAAGACCUGGGGAUGCCGGUAACCCUGUCAAACCACACUUGGGCCCAAUUUGUGCACCGAGCCAUUGGAGUAUGUGGAAUACUUUUACCGUGCCCCCGUGGCAGUUGCACGUACCUCGGACAAAGGCUUCAACCUGUACCAGUAACGGUGCUCUGUCACCAAAACACCAUCUGGGUCAUUUGGCCAAAGUUGAAGUAGGCGAAGCUUUGGGAAGAUCUCCGAUUUACGUGCAGGACAGCCCAAGCCCCCAGCGCAGCGUUAUUACAAUAUCCAGCUCAAGCGAUGAAGGUGAACGUGAUGAGCAACAUGUUAAUUGUGGUCUCUUAGCAAAAUCAAGGACAAAAGUUGAAAUCCCAAGCCCAGACGCCGUAGAUACUUGUGAAUUGCAGCAGAGCACAUCAAUGCAGUCACCGAGCCCAGUAUAUCCAAGUGUUGUCUCUGUUAGUAUGCCCCAUUUUACCCAUAAUCAGCAGCAACAGCACCAUUUGCGCACUUCUCCGCAGCGAUCUUUAGUCCAGCACAGUAUCUCAUCCUUGAUGCAGCCGAAGUCAAGCCCAGGAAACCAUCGGGUUUGUUGUCAGCAAACACAAGGUGCACUAGGAGACAUUUCAUCAAAUUUAUGUUAUUUGCACGUUCCAGUAACUGUGGCAAGAAUGGAUCAAGACACCCCGGAUAAUACUGCGUUAAGUUCCCCAAACCAUAAUACAAACCAUUUGUACCCAUUUCGUAGACAAGGUAUCACUGGCUUGAUUCCCCAAUUACCCUCAAGCCAAACAGCCUUCAGUCCCGUUUGUGCUGUUAUGACAUCCACUGCCAGCUCCCCCUCUCGUGUCCAGUUGAUACACCCUUGCUUCCUGUCCCCUGGGUCAAGUACAUACGCCCAGAGCUCCGUUGUGUACCCUCACAUGCAAGCUACCGUACCAAAUGGAGCAGCGAAUGACCAGUUCUCACAGAAUGGUUACUUAAUGACUCCAACAGUGAAUGGUUUGUCGCAGGCUCAUUCCUGUAACUCGAUUGUCGACAACAGUGCUGCGAGGUUGGCAAGACAUGGGCAGUUACACUCUUCUCCAUACUCAGCUGCCCAGCUCUCCCCGCAGAGGCGUGUACAUCACAUUGGCUACGCGGGGUCAGUGCUCAGCCAUCCUAGCUACCAGCCUGUAGAACCAUCAAGUGCAUACCUGGCAUAUACAUAUUACGGACCACACCGUCUGUAGUUUGGUAUUGUUGAAAAUUACCUAUAUUUUAAUGUUAGUUUAAGCUGCAUCCAGGUCAUUAGUUUAGUAUUUGCACCAUCAUCUAGUGAAAUUUUAGUUCUAUGUUUUAACGUACUCUAUUUUAAAGAAAACAUUUUAAUUUAUCGUUAUGAUUCUGUUGCCAAAAUGCCAGCAGGACUUAUGCUUGUUCUGACAGUUUGAUAUGGUUUUGACAUUAUGAGUGUUAAAUUUCAGUCUUAACAUUUGUAGUAUUACGAUCUUAAAAUUUGUAAAACCAAAUUAUUGCAUAAUUUAAAAUAAUUUAUCACUGAUGUGUCUUUGUUUUUAAAGUUUUUGAAAUGUUAUUGUGGCAAGUUUUAGUUGCUGUCCUAAAGACGGUUUUCAUUAUAUUUUAGCCAAAUAAGUCAAUGUAGCCUCAGUCUUGCAAAACAAUCCUCUUUCUUGAUUUGUUAACCAAUAGAGUGUCAGGAAAACAACAGCUUAUAGACACCGAUGUUGUAUUACCUAAUCCGUUAGCAAAUGGAAUGUGGUGGCAAAUUUUUCGAGCAGUAGUUGACUAAAUCAACAGUACAGGGACAAGCAUAAAAUAAACAAAAAUGAUUUGUAUAAUUAGGCAAGCGUCUCGAAUUCUGGCAUCUAGAUCAACGCAGGGAGGAAACAAUGUUUAAACCUGAUUCGAAUUGCUGAUUUUUAGUGGUUGAAGAAAUCACAUUCUGCUGAACAAGAUCAAGCCUUCCAUAAGCGCUUUGUGUUUUACUUGAAGAAAAUGUGAAAUAAGUCAAAGUGUACCUGUAAUGCAAAAUAAGCUGUUGUUUUUGCCGUGUUCCGCACUUGCGUUUUUGUUUUGAUUGCCAAAUUUCAACAGCAUAAGUUUCAGAAGUCUGACUUUGAUGCUAAUUGUUUCUUGUUUUUCAAAUGCUCCAUGCAUUCGAGGUUGGUUGUUUUAAGAGCUUACCAACCCUAACCCUAACCCUAACCCUAACCCUAACCCUAACCCUAACCCUUACCUUAAUUGCUAUUGGCAUUGUUUUAAAAGAUGGAGGUUGUUGCAGCACGGCUUAGUUUUAACGCAGUGUUAGGAUUUUUGUCGUUAAUUGUAGUUAGUGUUCAAUUGUUUUAGUUUGUUAGAGUUGCAUAGGUUUCUAAUUGUUAAUCUGUUGUUGCGAGCAGUAAUGUUGACAAGAGUGAUUAUAUGACUCUUACUACUUGUAAAUACUGUAUCAUAAUUAGCUUUGGCCGAUAAUAAAUUAUCUCAAAUAUGUAUGUUAGGCUAUCCAUUUAUCUGUGCUGUCAUAUAUCCAGCACGAUUAGAGUGGCUUUGUUCUCUAGAUAUUUAGUAUUUUCAUAUCACAGCCAGCUUAAGCAAUGCGCAUUGCUGAUUGGUUGAAAUUUAUAUCACAUGACGGCAAAGCUACCCAGUAAGAGGGCAUGAUUGCCUGGCGUUUACAGAAACAAUGCUUCCUAAGAUUCUGUCUGUAGACUAUGAAGCAUCACAGUCUCGUUCGCUUUUAGGGCUUGCAAAGAGUUAAAUUCAGCAAUUACGUAAAAACCUUUUCACUAUCAACGUGAGUCACUUGAAGUAAUAACCCAGAUUAUGCAUUUUCGAUACACCUAAAAGCGUAACCUUCUGGUAGGCUUUUAAUGUGUGUAUACCUCUAUAUUCUAAUACUUUAUGGUCCCCUACUUGUCCUCCUUCUUCUCUGUCCCACGUACGCAAAUUUGCUUUACCGCCUCCAAUUUUUGUUCCCAACCCUUGUCCUUUUAUUUCGCAGUUCACAGUUUACACCAUUAGUUUAGCUCUGUAUGUUUUUUUGGACCCCCGCCAAUUCAAAACCAUUACUCCACGUUUUGAAAGUUGUUAAUAAAGCUGAACACUCCUUUUGAUCAACACACCUCUUCUAAUAGCGACAGAAGUUGUAACAUUAUUGUAUUUGAUUAUGCCCUCCUGGAUUUGCUGGCUGUGGCAUGAGUUGAAAUGUUAUCUAGUCCUGAAUAAACGCUGUUGUUUGAUGCCAUCGUCCCUUUCACACGCAUGCACCCUUGUUGGAAGAGUAAAGUAUUCCUCGACGUGGCUACUCUUUCUUACUGUAACAGAUACAAUAUUAGUUGACGUAAUAUCAUACUUCUCCUUAUUAAAAAUGAAAGAUUCGUCUGAUUAGUGAUAAAGCUGGACCUAAAGAGUCGUCGUAACAUGGAAUAUUUAAUAUUAAUUUUCAUCUUUCGCCCUAUAAUUGUAACUGAUUUAAAUUAGAAGUUACGUUUUAUUAUUUCAAGGAUUAUGCAACUAAGUAACAAGGCGCUGUAGAUCUUUGCAAGGGCUCGAGGCAAAGGUUAUAGGAUUCUCUGUGAAUCUUAUUGACAUUAUAGUUUGAUAGGUCUACAGCACUUUUAGUCUGUUCUCAAGUGUUCCUCGCGUGCCCUCGCGUGCCCUCGCGCGCCCUCGCGUUUUUGCGAUAGGACUUUGAUCCAAAAUCUAUAUCUUUACGUCAUUGUGUAGAUUUCCCUAGCUUCUUGAUUGCCAGGUGUGUCUAAUUAUAGAAAAACAUGCACGAAUCGCAAGGAUCUUUUGACACCCUAAAGAGAUUCACCCCUUUGCCUCUACCCAGAUCAAAGAGCUAUACAAGGUAGAAAUAGUUGUAAAACAGUAGCAUUAUUGUUAUAGUUUCCUUUUGUUUCACAUGGUUCAUUUAAUCGAUUUUUAAAGUUACAAUAUGGCUGGCUGUUCCACAUUUUAGUGUUUCUUUACCAGAUCAUCUGAGGUUAAAUGUUUCCUUUAUAGAAAAAUGUUAUUUUAGUAUGUAAUGCCAUUUAUGGUUCUGUCCAUUAUGUCCUGGCCCCAAGACCCCCCUCCCCCCCAUCCCCCCUCCAAACCCCUUAUAGUUCGGGCAUAGUCUUCCUUUGACAAAACCGUAAAUCCGUAUGUCCUAUUUCGUAUGUCCAAAAAUCUUGUAACUUUCAAAAAAAUGCGUUGAUCUUACUCGUUUAUCUGUAGCCCGUGCAUGUUACUACCCGGCUUUAAUCCAAACUGAUUGCUGUUGUCUCUUGGCUGGCACAAGGGCAUCCAUGAUUUUACCUUUGUUUUUGAAUAAAUUCUGCCUCUAAGCAGCAUUUAAAAAGAGAUGUUUGGUUUCUCAGUAAUGAAAUCAGAUUACUUUGACCAUAAAGAUCCAGUAAGCUAUUUGUUGGAACAGUAGCCAGCAUUAUAUUUCCUUUAUCAAGCGUGCGAUGUUAUGUAGAGUUUUCCCAUUUAUAACGGGAUCGUUGAUUGCUUUUAUUAAUACUCGUUGGGCCUUGGUGUGGUAUGUAUUAAUGCCAUCUGAAGAAAUGAAAUAAAAACAGUUGUUCAA